AUGAAGAGACAAGAAGCGGGAGAACAGGUGACAAAUACAGAAACUACAGAUUAUGAGGUAUUAUAUAGGGAAGACCAGUCAAUCUAUCCAAAACUUUCAAAACGCACCAUACUGGAUGUAGAGAAGUUACUACCAAGCCGCGAUGACUGGCAGAAUUGGUGGAAAGUUAGAAACAAAAGGCGUCUUCGAAAACUUGAAAUUUUAUGGAUACUGCUAGUUGUAAUAGUCUGUUGCCACUUGUUGGUCCUUUUAAUGACUUUAAUAUAUCGGGCAUAUUUGCAAACAUGGGUCUUGCGCCACACUCUGCCUACAUUACAUACUAAAGACAAAGAAGGAGCUGUCUUUUACGAAACAGAUUGUGCGGUAAUUUAUCCUGAAUAUACUGGUAAAGAGGAUUGGUAUCUAAUAGACGGUCUCCCUUACGCUACACUGCCUAGAAAACGAGCCUAUUUCGCCUCUCCUAAACAUAUUAACACAUUCGCAGAAUGUUACUUAGGCUUUUGGGUGAAUGUCCCGUCUUCUAAACGGCAGUUUGUAAAUGGGGAAGUUCGUUUUUUAGGGAAGGCCUCGAAUUCCAGUUGCAUCCAAAUUGGUCGAGAAAGGGUGAAUGAGUCAUCGAAUGUAGCCAAUUGUUUAACAUUGAGCUUUUAUUUUAAUUUACGGAAUGCUGCUAAUAUGUCAGGAACACGGAGGAGAUAUGAGCCUGAUAUUCCAAAACCGACCGUAGUUUAUAUUGGUGGAAGAGGAUUGUUAACCCACCAGCCAAAGCUAAUUCCAAUCAAUUUGAUUAAACAACUUGACAUCUUCUACGUAAUCGUUCGCUAUCGUUUAGGAGUUUUUGGAUUUGGUGACUUCGAUACGGAUGAAUAUGGACCAAAUCAUGGUGUUGAAGAUGUUAGGAAGGCUCUUCAAUGGAUCCACGAAAACGCACUACGUUUUGGGGGCACCCCGAAGGGCUUAACUCUCAUUGGCGAAAACUCGGGUGCCUCUAUUGCCAUGCAACUUGGAAACGAUAGAUUCAAACCCCCCGAAGCAACAAGCAAUAAUACAAAGGGCCGUUAUCUAGUAUCGAAGUUAUGGCUACAUGAGGGUACGCUGGCGGUCCCUGAACUUCCAUCGGAUAAACGACCAUUCCACUCUCUGGUGCUGGGCAAUAUUGAGCUCAUCUCAAAGUGCCAAAAAUGGUUGUUAGAAACUCGCAUCAAAAAUGUUGGGAGCAGUGCUUUAGCAACUCGUUCUAUAUGCCUGGAAGAUAGUGUUAAUGAGACCAAUUGGUUAAGUAAGACUCCAUCUCAAUGGAUAAAUGCUGAUAAACGAAUGCAGACUCUUCCCAGCAAGAGAGAAGAUUUGGGAGAUUCCUUACUUAUAGCUGACGUUAAUGUUUCUCGUGUCACAACGCCAUUUAAUCUUGAGCCAAUUAGACCAAUGCCGAUUGUUUGGAUAUCUACCUUAAAAAAUGCAAAUCCACCUCCGCCUUCAACUAUUUCUAUUCAAGGCCUGAAGUUCAAAGCCAAAACCGCCUUUUCUGGCAUAGUUUCGGUGAAUAUUAAACGAAACUUUGCCGAAGAAUUAGUCAAGUCCUAUGAACCAAUGGUAAAUCAAUUGAAAAUGUCCCUAGACAAGACAAAAUUUUCGUCAAUUAUGAAUGCGCUAAUAGACGAUAUUCGCGUGGAUUGUUUGAUUUAUGCGUACUUAAGGCGUCGAGCACGUUUUCAAAAAUCCCAACGAGGCGCAAUAUACAAGAUUAUAAGUGAAAUAAAACCACCUAAGGUGAUUGAAAAAGCUACAAAUCGGCAAUAUGAUAUUCCGCCUUUUCUUUCCGGGGAAAGCGAGAAAGGAUAUCCAACGGACAUCUUACUUGAAGCGUUUGCCGAUUUCAUAAAAACGGGAAGAUUAAGAGGAAUGAAGGAGUUAAAAAUGCCUCAGAAGCUAGAUGAUCCUGAUGUUGACACUACUGUUAACGUCUUGGGUCCUAUUGGAUUAACUACCCCUAGUGCUCGAAUAACUUCCCACUUCUCUGCCUGCAGGAACUGGAUUGAAGACCAUGAAGAUACAGAACUGGCGCUCAAAUACAGCCGACUUAACUGA